AUGCAGGAGGUGCUGCAGCCCCCUAUAGUGGUAGCGAGUGCCAGUGCAGCUGGACUUGGCACAGCCACCAAGUUAAAUCAUCUGGGCUUCACUGAUGUCACUCUGGCAGAAGCAUGUCAGCAGGUUGGAGGCAGAAUAGCAAAAGCCAAAACAGGAAAUGUCUGGGUUGACUCUGGUACUCAGUGUGUCCAUGGUGCCUCUGAAAAAAAACCAGUCUACUGUCUUUUAAAAAAAUACGGCCUCCUUAGCCAAGUACCUAAAAAAGGCAUAUUUUACAGAUGCAGUGGACGUAAAGUCGAUGAAGCUUUCAGCCGAUCUGUGUAUGAGGCUGGACAAAAAGUGAUUUAAUAUCAAGGUCAAAUUGGGAAAAGCAUAGGAGAACACUUUGCAGAUAAAGCCCAGGAGUUCACUGAGAUGCAUGACGAUGAUGAGAAGGUGGUAGUGCAGAGCAUUCUUUCCUUAGUUGGGAAACAGUGUCUGUUUGAUAUUGGUGCCCCAGACCUUCAUCACGUUUCUUUGGCUUCAUGGCAAUAUUAUGUCAACAUGGGGGAAGAUCUCAGUGUGGAAGGGCUUAUGUUUCAAAUCAUGGAAAAGUUAGUGGAGGACGUCCCUAAGGAGUGUUUGCUCCUGAAUAAGGUAGUGAGCAAGGUGAAGUGGGAUAGCUCUUUCUGUGGUAAAGAAGGCCAGAUGUACCUUGUGUGUGUGGUGUGUGAAGAUGGAGAUGAGAUUUUGGCAGAUCAUGUCAUUGUCACCAUCUCUCUUGGCUGCCUCAGAGCUCAAGCAGCCACCUUCUUCAGUCCAAGUCUUUCAGCAGAGAAGAUGCAGGCGAUUGAUAAACUGGGUUUUGGCAAUAUUGGAAAGAGCUUUCUGGAAUAUGAGAAUGCUUUCUGGGAGAAUGAUGUCGGCUUUAUUUAUUUUGUUUGGGACGAUGACUCUGUUACAUCUGUGCAUGCUGAUCAAGCUCCAUAGCUGAAACACCUCCAACUGUUGGCUAUGAUGAGACCCCAAGAAAAGUUUGGAAAUGUUCUAAUUGGUUGGUGUCCUUUGGAUGUAGCUGACCUGAUUGAGACCAUGCCAGAGAAAGAGUUAGCUAGUGCCAUCACUGAACAUACAGUAUCAGGAUACUGAAAUCCAAAUAUUCCUCCACCAAAGAGAGUUAUGUGCACACAGUGGCAUAGUAACUGCUUCACACACGGUGUUUGGAGUUUCCUACCUUUUGGUGUAGAUGCACUGGUCAUGGAUGCCCUGGCACAGCCUUUAUUGGGCAAGAAUGACCCAAGCAAGGUAAAAGCCAUUUAA